AUGGUUGAGCGUUACAGGCGACUUCAUAUUCCUGCCUUGGCCGAAUUCUCAGACUCAACAUUGCAUGAGACCACUAACAGUUACGAAGACCUGACAGAGGCUGCUGCAGCCCACUCCGGCUUUGAGACCAUUUCCAGGAUGGAAAGGCCCACGUCGACGCCUGCUUCCCAUGUCGUCUCCAGUGCUCAAGAGUUACAAUCCCAACAAAAUGCUGUCAAUCUCCCUCUGUAUAAAAUCGACUUCCCAGAAAACACGAGCUUUGUAGGGAGGUCUGAUAUAUUGGAAGAGCUGGAUCAAACUUUGACAGAACUUGCAGCAAGGCCGGAGAAUCGAGCCUACGCUAUUUAUGGCAUCCCGGGUAUAGGCAAGACCCAAACUGCAUUAAAAUUUGCCUACAAUCACAAGCAGACAUUCAAAUCGAUUCUGUGGGCUUCUGCAGAAACAAAAUAUAAACUCAUUCAAAGUCUAUCGGAAUACGCAGUUCUUCUUGGGAUCGUGCCAAAUCAAGCAGGCCGCGAUCCGCAUAACGAUGCAGAGAGAUUGAUGCAAUGGUACAAAACAACAGACACGCCUUGGUUAUUAAUAUUCGAUAAUGCCGUUGAUCCUACUUUAUUUCUAGAUUAUUGGCCCCGGAACAAACGUGGUGCGAUUCUCGUCACCACGCAACUGAGGAUAUUUGCUACUGAAGACUAUUGCGGACAAGGAAAAGAGCUUCUGCAACUUGACGAAGCCUCUGCUAUUCAAUUCUUGCAGUCAUCCGUCCCGGACUCCCUGCGCAACACUGAGGCGGCACGAGCGAUUGUACAGCGUGUCGGAUGUCUACCUGUCGCUAUCAAAACCAGUGUUGGCCUGAUAAGAGAAGCCGGCUGCUCCCUUGAUGACUACAACAAGGAGUGGAAUGAUCCACGCACCAUCAUUGACAGAUCAGACGUAAAAUAUGCUGACUCGAGAGAUGCUCGCUACAAUAAGGGGUUGCGUGAUUUGUUCGCCAAAUCCCUUCAAAAUUUGGAUUUGGACGCUAGAGCUCUAGUAAACGUGUUUUCUCUAAUGGAUGACGAGCAUAUACCCGAGGAAAUGUUGCGAAAUGAUUUAUUGGCUGUACAACUGCCCUUUCUAAAGCAUCGUGCCCGUCUAAUCCGAGACCUAAUAGAGAGCUGCUUAAUAGGUCCAGAAACAGAAGCUCAUCGGUCAUCCUCAAGGCGUUUCCACAUCCACCGCAUGAUUCGAGCAUUCGUCCAGAUGGAAAUGAAGCUGAACGAUCGGAAGAGUGCAUAUGAAUCUGCAUCUCUCCUACUCAACGCAAGGGUGGUGACAGGUGGAGAUCCCAAAUUUGCGGGAAAUAAAUCUUAUUUCCAACAUGUUCAGGCUCUUUGGGAGUAUUACCAAAGGGAGCUCGCGCCAGAUGAUCCAACCAAGGUGGACAACAAGUUUCCGGUUGCUACACCUGCAUUAGUGCAGCUUCUUCGAAAAACAUCUUGGUCAGUAUUUAGCCAUCAACACACAGAAAAGGCGAUGACGUUGACAUUUCAAGGUGGUGCUAUCGAGUAA